AUGCGGCUAGAGCAGUUUUGGUGGUUCAGGGCCUCAGUUCCGGCUGUCGUUUUAGUGUUGCUUGCGUAUGCCAGCUGGGGUUAUUGUUACGAAUUGUGCUACAAUGAAAUACACCAAAAGCUAGGGCAAAAAUCCGUUGCUGUGGGACUCAUAUGUGGUGCGGUAACUCUGGCACUGGUAGUGAUAUUUGCAUGGAUUCAAUUGGUGAUCCUGGGACCUGGAAAACAACCAAAAGUUUUGCCCUUUCGUAUAUUACCUGACAGUGCUGGCACUGGCUCCGAAGACGAUCAGUCCAGUGGCAAAAGUACCGAUGGAAGGGCCAUUGAAACGAUUGUUCCACCAAGAGUUUAUCAGUGCGACCCACAGGGCUAUCCUUUGUGGUGUACUGCGUGUCAAAGCAUUAAAGCCAAUCGUGCACAUCAUUCUUCGACAUUGGGGUACUGUGUUCCUAGAUUUGACCACUACUGCAUGUGGAUAGGGACUGUUGUGGGUCGGAGAAACUAUCGUUUAUUUGUCCAAUAUUCAUUGUACCUGUGGGGCUUUUGCAUUUUGGUGAUAGCCUCGACAGCAAGCUACUUGCCUCGCAUAAUAGCAUCCCGCAAGACAAUUCCACGAGUCAAUCCAAAUAUUCUAGUAGUUUUGGCACUCAGCUGUAUGGUCACACUUAUGGUGGGGCCGCUAUCACUGUCUCACAUUUACUACAUGUCUGUCAAUCGAACGUCUCUAGAAGUGAUAGCCACCAAACGCCGAUCAAAGGCCACAAAAAAUUGGAUCUGCUAUCUUAACGAAACAGAUGGAAUGCGCUACGUGUUUGAAUUCAAGGCUUUAGAUGCUCAAGAUUAUUGGAAUAAACAUAAUGUCCUCAGAAAUCUGAAGGAGUUUUUGGGAGCACACAUUUGGCUGUGGCUUGUCCCAGUUGGCAGCAACGUCAAAUAUCACCAGUCUCUCUCUUUUGAGUAUGAAGACGCUCUGCAAUCAUAUAUCGAAGAGGUCUCGGAUUCAUUCCUGGAGACUUUGCAAAAUAGAAUUGCAAAUGGGGACUAUUUGACAACAUUCAGAGCCUACGGCGACCAAACUUCGAAAUAG